GGGGACACAGUGAAGAAAGGUGAGGCCUGCAGCAGACCUCCGUGGCUUGUGGCUUCUAAAUCACAAAGGCCUCUUUAUCCACUUGCUUGGCAGUUCAGCACAGAAAAUGCAAGUUUCCCCCUCUGUGAAAGAGAACACUCCAGGCUGUUUAUUCUGAGCUGCCAAUCUCCCCAGCUGUUUCCUAUCAAGGGUGGAUUGAGCUUUCAUAACAAAGAACAUGAUAUUUCUGUACCACGAGUGGAAAAGAAGGCGGGAGUUUCAGCAAAGCAAGGAAGUGACUGCAGCCUGGCUUUCAAGAAACCUCAGUGUGUGAGACAGCAGGACCGGCAAGAACAGCAACAGGGCAGCGGUUCCAAAGAAGGCAUGGCGGGACAUCAGUGCGGCAGCGUCCUGGUGACAGGGGCCAACCGUGGCAUUGGCCUGGAGCUUGUGAAACGAUUCCUCGGGAAACCAAAUCCCCCCAAGACGGUGUUUGCAACAUGCCGCGACCCAGAAGGGGCAAGAGGACAGGAGUUAAAAUCUCUGACUUCCAAACACCCCAACCUGAAAAUCCUGCAACUUGAAACCACAGACCCAGCGAGUGUUGAGGCAGCUGCCAAGAAAGCCGAGGCCCACCUGGGAGGCUCUGGCCUGAACCUGCUCAUCAACAAUGCCGGCAUCAUGCCCCCUUGUACCCUGGAGUCAGCCACCUCCAAAGACAUGCUGGAUGUCUACAACACCAACCUUGUUGGGCCGAUGUUAGUCAGCAAGGCCUUCUUGCCUUUACUGAAGAAGGCUGCUCAUGCAUCCCAGCAAAAAGGCAUGAGCUGUGGGAGAGCUGCCAUCAUCAAUAUGUCCACCAUCCUGGGAUCUAUUGAGAAGACCCCUGAAUCCUAUUUCUUCAUUCCUGUGGUCUCCUAUCGCUGUAGUAAGACUGCUUUAAACAUGCUCACCAAGUGCCAGUCCAUGGGCUACAAAGAGGAAGGGAUCCUGUGUACUGCAGUGCAUCCUGGCUGGGUGAAAACUGAGUUGGGAAGUGAUCAGGCUGACCUUACUGUGGAGGAGAGUGUGAAUGGCAUCAUGAACGUACUUUGCAACCUCUCCGAAAAACAGCACGGGGUCCUGGUGACUUGGGAAGGGAAGGUUCUGCCGUGGUAAGAGCCCGAAAUGCAGAAGGAAGGACCAAAGAUGCAGCCAUCAACAGGGGAGGACCUUUGCACUUGUGUACAUUGGUGUAAUGAGGCUCUUUAAAAUAAAAUAUGAAUGAGCAA